AUACACGUUAUCAACUAAUAUAUUCUCGAUUUAAUCCAAUUAAAAACUGUUUCAACAGUCCAUUUCAAAUCUUGUAUAGUCUCUGAAAGAUUUAAAAAUGUCUUUUUUACGUGGAUCAACGAAUUUUGUUUGGUGUACAACUAGUGUUCUUGGUAAAGGUGCAACUGGUGCAGUUUUUCAAGGGGUAAAUAAAAAUAAUGGGGAACCUGUCGCAGUUAAAACGUUCAAUCAGCUGAGUCAUGUACGACCACACGAUGUACAAAUGCGAGAAUUUGAAGUUCUUAAAAAGGUGAAUCAUGAAAAUAUUGUGCAACUGUUAGCAAUCGAAGAGGAACAAGAUAAUCGUGGCACAGUUAUUGUUAUGGAACUUUGUACUGGAGGCAGCCUUUUCAAUAUUUUAGAUGAUCCAGAAAAUACUUAUGGGUUAGCAGAAAGUGAAUUUUUAUUAAUCUUGGAACACGUAACUGCUGGAAUGAAACACUUGCGUGAUAAUAAUUUAGUGCAUAGGGAUUUAAAACCAGGUAAUAUAAUGAAAUUCAUUGCUGAUGAUGGGAGUACAAUUUAUAAACUUACUGACUUUGGUGCUGCUAGAGAAUUACAAGAAGAUCAACAAUUUGUAUCUUUGUAUGGUACAGAAGAAUAUUUACAUCCAGACAUAUAUGAACGAGCAGUUUUGCGAAAACCUGUUAACAAAACAUUUAAAGCAACUGUAGACUUAUGGUCUAUAGGUGUAACAUUAUAUCAUGUAGCUACAGGAAAUUUACCAUUUAGACCAUUUGGUGGUCGAAGAAAUAAAGAAACAAUGUUUUAUAUCAUUACAAAAAAACCAUCUGGUAUUAUAUCAGGUGUACAAACUUCUGAAAAUGGACCCAUUGAAUGGAGCAGGGAAUUAUCACAAAAUUGUCAGUUAAGUGCUGAUUUAAAAAAAAUUGUAACACCAUUAUUAGCUGGCUUACUAGAAGUUGAUUCUCAAAAAAUAUGGAGUUUUGAACGAUUUUUUUCAGAAGUAACUGAUAUUCUUUCUAGAAAACGAAUACAUAUAUUUAACAUUCAUAAAGGUAGUCUAAUAAAAGUAUUCCUACAUCCUGAAGAAAAACUGACAGCACUUCAACUACAUAUACAAUAUCAAACUGAUAUUGCUCCUCAUGCACAGAUACUUCUUUUUGGCAAUACAUUUAUAACAAAUAUUAUUGAAGAAUCUACUCCUGGAAAAGGUUAUCCAAAUACAUCUGAGAGCAAGCCAUUAAUGCUAUUUUCAAAAGACAAUAAUAAUGUUGAUUUGCCUGUGGAUGCAGAAUUACCAAAAUUUCCAGUAUUUGCAAAUUUAAUAUCUGUUGAGAAUGAUGCAAGCCAAGCAAAAGUUGCUUGUUCUGUUGGUUAUGUUUGUAAAAGAAGAAUUGACAAAUUAGUAUUACGUAGUAAAUUAACACAGGAUGCAAUAGAGGCAUUUAGUGGACUUCUCUCAACAGAACUUGCAAGAUUAUUACAAAAGUGUCAAUAUUCCAAGGAGUUUACAAAAGCUGUAGAAGAUACAGCUAUAGCAAUAGAAAGAAGUGAAAAUCUUGCUUGGCAAAUUUCUAGAAAGCUUGGGAAUCAAAAUAGUUUAGAGAUCAAAAAUUGGAAAAAAGAAUUGGAUUUAAAGAGUAAAGAAUUUUUGACUGAAUUAGCUCCUGCAGUAGUACAGCUUCACCAGAGAUAUGUGAAGGAAGGUAGUCUGCGUAGUGAAUGGGAUAAUAUUAUUCGUGGAUUGUGGUGUCCAUGGAUCAAUAAAGCAAGCCAAAAGGCAACAACUUUGGUAGAUCGUUUACGAGAUGGCUGGCAACAUUUAUUAAGAGACAGAGUUACUCGUAGUCUUACAUACAAUGAUGAACAAUUUCAUGUUCUAGAAAGAAUGAAGAUUACAUCGACGGGUCAAAGAAUAAAGAAUUUACUUGAAACAUUUUGUACACUUUCUAUGACUAGUAGAUCUGAAUGUGUCGCUGAUUGGUAUAAAAUGGCACAGACGGUCUUUUUACAAACUCAAAUUUUAGAUAAAGAUGUAGAUAAUUAUGAACAAAUUUUAGAAGCAUAUUCUUGUCGUUUGUCGCAAGAAAGCAAGGAACAUUAUGAGAGCUUUUUACAUUUAAUAGAUAGAGUCCCUGAGAAAUUAGAAACUAUUGAAAAAACUAAUUUACCCGCCCAAGAAAAUACAAAGAUAUGGAAAAAUAUUUGCGUCACACAAGAACGAAUCGCGAUGCUUCUACACAACAAUGAUUUACUUAUAGAUCAACUCGAUCGUUUAUCAACAAUUGAUAGUUUGGAAGAUACAAACAACUCAAAAUAUACAUCACAUUAGCAAAACAUUCCUUAAUUUUUGUUAUC